GAGAAAGAGAGAAAGAGACGCGAUCGUUCCUCAGUACCGCCGGAGUGAAGGAGAAGAUCGGAUCGGAGGCUCGCCGGCGAGGAGAGGGGAAGACAUCGGACAUGGAAGAGGCCGCCAAGGAACAAUCCGCCGGUUCCGGGAAGCCGAAGCUGCUCCGCUACGGGCUGCGAUCGGCCGCGAAGCCGAAGGAGGAGAAGCAGGAGGUGGCGGCGAGCUCUUCUUCGUCUCGGAGGACGAGACGCUCACCCUCAGUGAGUAAAAGCAUGGGCAUUCUUGAUCUCUCUGGGAAGGAGAAAUCUGCGAAGCCACCUAGAAGGCUUUCCAUCCCUGCUAAGUCCAGUGUGAAUCCAGCUCCGAAAUUGGGUGGCAACGUGACUCCAAUCUCCGAGGCAAGAGUGAGGAGACCUGGGAAUAGUCAAGCAAAGAACGAAACACCACUCUCUAGCGUCUCCCGGUCGUCUGUGCGGAAGAAGUACAAUCUUCUUGCUUCAACAUCGUAUUGGCUAUCACAGAUUAGUCUCUCGGAAUCUGAUAACAAGCACUCUAUUUCUCUCGGCUUUUUCAAACUCGCUUCUGAGGCUGGAUGUGAGCCCGUUCAGAAAAUGCAGGAAGAGCUCAAAUCUUAUGCGCAACGUCACAAUCUUGCUGAAUUUGGAGAAUCACUGAAGGAGUUAUUUGAAACUUACAAUAUUGCGGAGAGUAUAGAGCAGAUGCAAGUGUCUCAAACCUGUUCUCAGGAGCCAGAAGAGGAAACUAGAGCAUCUGAUGAUGAUGUCCAUAGCUCUGUUUCAGUGAUGGGGGCUAGGAAGCUCAAACCUAAGUCUUUGAACAAUGAAUCUGCUCAAACUUCCCAGUAGCAGAAUCAGCCAAGGACUCCAAGCCCAAAGCUGCCACUAAGAUUAGAGAACCUGUCAGUAGGAAUUCGGCUAACUCCAAGACCUUCAAAGACAGAGAAACUCGAAACUUGCAGAAGAAGCCCCAGAAGUCAGUUAAACAAGAACUCAACAAAGAAAAGGCAAAGAAGCAAGAAAGAAAAUUGGCUGCUGAAGAAGGUCAAAAUAAGCAUUUACCUGAAGAGGACACUGUUGAGAACAAGGAAAACAUGGACUCUGCUCUGGUUCAAGAGGGUCUGUCCGAGGCUGCUUAAGCCUAUGUCCAGCAUCCAUCCCGUAAUGAGGAACUCUUUGCUUGUAUAGAUAGAAGUUUCUACAACUAGUGUGUUGGUGUGGUUUGAAAAACUAAAAUCAUCUUUCCUUUUGCUGGUUUUAUUUGCAAUUCCAAUAGGUGAUGUAUAAGUGUACUCAAACAAUCGGACCGCUCCUCUCACAGUGUGGUUAACGUUUUCUGGCCGAGAGGCCUUGUUUGAGAUGUGGUUUUAGAUUCAGUGAAGUGGCAAGAUGAGAGGAGGAACAGCUUGC